UACAAAUAUAGAUUGUUAAUGAAAAAUACCUCUCUCACUUAAUACGAUGCACUUUGUCAACUGCAACUUCCACGGGAAAAUAUACCAAGACUUUAAUAUGAUAACAAUUGAUCGGUUUAAGGGAAUCAUCGAUUUUCAAGGCCAAAUUGCCUGUAGAAACAUACUUAACAAUGGAAUUCCAAUAAUCAGUGCAAUUUCUUUUGUCUGUGGACUAAUUGCCCAAGAUUCUAACUACGUAUUUAUUUGUUUCGGUUUACUUUCGAUUAUCCUGCUAUUUAUUUGUGUCCCUGCAUGGCCUCAUUUUAACAAACAUCCCGUGGCCUUUCUUCCUCUUCGUUCAAAAGGUUCUACCUUACGAGAGAAGUCCAAAACCAAAGACCAGUAAAUGCCGCCAUGUCUUAAAUGUAUUUGGAGAUGACUCUGUAAAACAUCAAUACAAGAGAUGAAUUGUAAUAAAUGAGGUAGCUGCUGUGUUUUACCAACAAGUGAAAUAUGCACAAGAAGUAAUUGUGCAUAAUGCAAAAAGAAAAAAAAAAAGGUUUCAGCCGUUCCUGCAUCCUAGACACGCGAGGGAGAUUCUCUGACACACAUGUUCUGUAACGUCUCUGACUGGAUUUUGUAUAACACAUGCCAUUUCGAGUAUCAUAUAUCGGUUAAUGAGAGAUUAACUGUGUCAUGAGCAACACAUAGUCUGAAUGUGCUGCUUAUACCAGUCAUUGUUGUAUAAACAAUUACUUAAAACAAUUUCAGUCUCGUACAUAAAGUUUCUGAGUUCGGUGCGAUACACUUACUCGAGUAUUUUAACAAACAUAAGUGACGUUGGACACCGUCUAUACUAUACGAAACUAUUUUCAAACUUAUUUGAACACAGAUCGCAAGCCGACGUAAUUACGCUAAACUAAUUUACUAUUCAUUUUCCCAUUUUCAUUGAAUAUAACAAACCUCCCAUUUGGUUUAUGAUAGUCGCAUUUGAUUGUAUGUUAGUACUGUAAAAAUCAAUGUUCUCACAUUACUUACUGGUCCAUCUUCAUAUAAACUUUUUAUCAC